AUGGCUAUGAUGAAAACGGGGACGACAAACGAACAAGAAUUGCUUCUCUUUCAGGGCCGUGAGGCGCAGGUGCUCGACUUCUGCUUCGUGGUGGCGGGUGCGGACGGCGAUGAGGCCAUGUCCAAAAUUUCUGGGGCACCUUUCGUAGUUUCGGUCCGCUUCCGAGGCUCGCACGUGAUCAUCGCAGGUUGGCCAAUCACGCAACGAUCGCAAACCGUCAUGUCCGCAACCACUGUGUUCUUGUGUGCUCUGAUGCAUGCAGAUGCGAGCGGAACAGCCAACUGGAUUCCGGAUUGGUACGUAUUUGUCGUACAAGCAUGCUCAGCUUGCUGUCUACAAGGAGCGCGUCGCCGAGGGCUGUCACAAGGCUCCCACGAGUCGCCCUCGGACUAA